AUGAUAACGUCAAUCUUGCUGUUGGUCCUAUCCACAGGCAUCGCAGCAGCAUCAGCGCUGCCGGCGUCGUCUCUGCAAUCUCGCCAAUCGUGGACUUUGGGCUACUGGGCGCACGAGUUGACAGAGUUCGGAUGUAAGCCCAUCAUAUUCAUCUGGGCGAAAGCCACCAUAGAGCCGGGGAAUAUGGGCAACACGGUUGGCCCGCGGCUGUCCGAUGGACUGAAGGCGCUGUUCGGACCGGCCAAUGUGGCUACUCAGGGGGUAGACUAUUGGGGGUUCAUAGAAACGAACUUCUAUCCUGGCGGGGCGCCGCCUUGGGGGAUCUUCGAUAUGCAACUGCUCGUCAACGCUGCGGCGACUUGUCCCGACUCUAAGAUUGUAGCAGCAGGUUAUAGCCAAGGAGCAGCCCUUACACACCGGGCCAUCGAAGGGUUAACCCAGGAGGUAAAGGACAGGAUCGCAGGCGUAGUGACCUUCGGGGACACGCAGACGUCGCAGGACGGGGGCCGAAUCAAGGAUUUCGAUACGAACCGGACACUCAUCAUCUGCAACUCUGGCGAUCUUGUGUGUAACGGCACACUAUACGUCUUCCCGGUGCAUUUCGACUACGUCAAGUGGGUGCCUACCGCAACGUACUAUCUCGCCGGCAAGCUGCUCGCCGACGCCGCCAUAAGGCCCUGGCCAAACGGGAGCUUUGUAUUCCCCAACGUGACGGUCCCGACUCUGCUUCCACCCAUUCCGCCGCCGCCUCAGCCGUCUACCGCGAUUCCGCAGUCGUUGCCUCCGCUACCGGUUCUCACGGGCGUUGGUAGCGUGGAUACGGAUGGUUGAUUUGUCUAGUACGACGACGAUGGAUUAUAAAGACCCUGUAGUACUUAAUCAAGGACGUUACGCGUACCUUGGAGCUUGGAGAUGUCCCGGGAAUUCUACUCGACGCAUAGACUACUAGAGGUGCAUAGUUACGGGUAGAGUCUAGAAAGGGCGGCGAGCAAUUCGUCGUACUUGGCCCCUACAGCUUUUGGAUAGUCAUUACUUGGUCCUACAUAGCAUGAAGACUAGAAUCAAGCCAUAAUUAAGAGCAUA